AUGCAAUCAUUCCAUCCACAAACUGGUGAUGUUCAUCUCUACCACGACUACUCUGAUUACAAUGGUUCCGACGAGGAUGAUUUCUUCAAGUCAAUCAACAAUGAUUAUGUUCCACCUUGUACUGCAGCUGCCCCCAUUCCUCCACCUACCACGAUUCUAGUCUCUGUUGCCCCCUCUGUUCCUUCUACUAUGAUCAUCCAGGCAUGGGUCAAUAGCCUCAGAGUGUCAGUCAACAAAGCGAUAUGGGACAGCAAGCGGUUGAUUCUCCAUCCCCGACUUAGACACAAACCACUGCCUUUCUGGAUACUGGCUCUCUGGGAGAAGGCCCACGUAGCGCACGAGGCUCAAACAUUAUGGAUUGAUGCAGACAAAUGGUUACAGGCAAAAAUACUCAAGAAUGGCACACUGUCGAGCACUCAUUCAAAAGCUACAGCGGACAAAGCAGAUUCACAGGCAGCAGAGGUUGUGUGUCUCAAGAAAGAGAAAGAGACACAGAAGCAGACUGAGAUUGAGAGACGGAAGGAGGUUAAAUGGUUGGAGGAGAUCAAGAGGCAGAAGGAGCUCGAAUGUGAAUGUCUCAAGCACAAGCAUCUGGAAUGUGAACAUCUCAAGCAUGAACGCCCCAAACGCGAACACCUUGAGUACAAACAUCUUGAGUGCGAAAGUCUUCAGUGUGAAUGCCUUGAACGCGAACACCUGAAACAACACUGCCUCAAACAAGCUCACCUCGAAUGCAAGUGCCUGUACCAAGAAUCACCCAAGGCAACUCAAUGCACUCAAACAGAGCAUGUUGUCUUGGACGAUAGCAUGGACAUUGAUAUUGAACCUGGCAAAAUAGCCUCUAACCCAACAACUAUGGUCAGAGAUCCAUCUCCUCAUCGUGCACGUCUAUCCGACCAUCGACAUAUAGACACUAUGCUCUGUCUUGGUUCAACCAUCACCCGCCUGCUUGUCGUCGACAUUCACCUUCCCCAGAUCAGUUUGCAUGUCGCAGUAGAUCUCCCUCACCUGUUGGAACUCGAGGAUAUCACUGGCAGACUACCCACUGCUACAGCCCUAUCCAGCAAAGUUGUCAUACACCUUCACCUUGUCAUGGCCCAGCAACUGACCAGCACCGUGAGUGCAUACUUUGUUACUGUCAUCACCAACUUAUUUUUUACACAUAUAGCUCUUGAUUCAGGCCAUUCUACACAUGUCACAAUGCCACCUCCCACGACUGUACCCACAGUGCUACCUUCAAUCCCUGGCACUUUGGGUUUAACAGGAUGGGGUCCUGUCCUGUCCAAAACAGCACAUCCCACUUCAUUUUGGCUCAAAUGA